AUGGCUGUUGAAGUUUAUUUAAACGUUUAUGAUAUUACUAAAAUGAAUACCUUUAUUGGUUGCCUUGGAUUGGGUUUAUACCACACUGGAAUCUAAAUCAAUAAUGUAGAAUAUAGAUUUGGUGCACACGAUGAUUAUUACUCUGGUGUCUGCACAAAUACUCCCAAGGAUGGAAUGGGUAUUUAUAGAUUCAAUAGAAGUAUCUUCUUGGGAAUGUGUGAUCUCACUUCUGACUAAAUCGAAGAAAUAAUCAGUGAUUUAGAAAUAGAUUAUAUUGGUAGAUCAUACGACAUAUUCAAGAAAAACUGCAAUCACUUCUCAGAUGAUCUCUGCAAGAAACUACUUGGCAAAUAAAUCCCUAGAUUCGUCUUUAGUGUAUCUAACUUUUUAAGCUUUACUAGAUGUAUCGUUAGCAAAAAAAUUAUCAAAGGUGGUUUUGACACUUCUGAUAGAUAAGAAAAAGAUAGCUUAUUCUUAGGCAAGAAAAGAAUCGAAUGCAAGAAAACUCGUGAUGUAGAAAUGAGCUUAAUCCAAAGUUAAUACUCUUUUUGA